AUGGCGCCUGCAGCGGUGAAGCUACCUUGGGGCGCGCUGCGCGUCCUUUUGCUUUGCGCCCUGACGGCGCUGCCUGUCUUUAUGGCCGACCGUGGGAUGCUGGUGGGAGGAUGGAUCGACCGCUCGGUCUCCGAUCCGGAGGUGCGGAGCGCGGCGGCGUUCGCCGUCGAUGAAUACAACAAACGCUGCAACAGUAUCUUCUACAGCCGGCCGCUGGAGAUCACGAGGGCGCGGAGUCAGGUGGUGGAAGGAAUAAAGUACCGGCUGGAGAUUAUUAUUGUGAACACGCAGUGUGACAAAAGAAUCAGGCGAGGAUUGACGCCUGUGGACCUGGAACGAUGCCCGUUGCCCCCAAAUGCAGAACAGCAGAAGCGAAAGUGCAAAUUCGACGUCUGGAGCCGCCCUUGGCUGAAUGACACAAGCUUGACGAAAAUGAGCUGUGGAUCAGCUAGAUCCUGA